AUGCAGCAAAAGUUCUUCUAUCAUUUGGCGGUUGAGGAUGACGCCGAGGAGAUCAUCGAGUUUCUCUGCAACAAUUUCGUGUAUGAGGAGCCGGCGACAAGAUCGCUGAAUAUCAGGCCGGACGAUGCUCGCGAGUUGUACACCACAAUCGUGCACCACUGUUUGCGGUACCCGUUUUCGACGGUCGUCACCACUGCCGAUGGCACAAUCGCGGCGGUGCUGAUGAACAAUAUUUGGAAGCGCGAGGACGGCAUCUCGGCGGCCGAUUACGAUCUAACGAAUCUUCCCGAAGGAUUGGCGGCCUAUAUGAAAAUGUCGAAUAUAAUCCACGCCGAUUUUUGGGAGAUGGUCCCUUCGAAUGUGACCGCCGUGCUCUUCCGCGAAUUCUCGCUCGUCUCGAAGCCGUUUCAGCGGCAGGGAAUCGCCAAGAAGAUGGUCACCUGUCAGAUGAGUAUAGACAAACUUAAGAUGUUCAAUAUAGGCGGUGUUGUUUCGGAGACGUCGUCGUUCGCGAAUCAGACGCUUCUCGCCAAACAGGGAUUCAAAUGCCUUCGCGAGUUAGCCUAUUCGGAUGUGCUCGACACGCAGGGCAAUUGUCUGAUUGUGCCGGACGAUGGCGCGAAAGGCCUCCGAUUGAAUUAUAAGCCGAUUGAGAAGUUUGAACUCGCGCCGGAAUCUUAA